AUGGAGCCGCACGUCCGCUUGCGCAUGAGUGGAGAGGUUCUGGAUGUUGGAACGAUGCCGCCUGGAAGUACCAUAAGUCAACUUCAAGAGCGCGUAUUUCUAUUGCUUCGCGAUGAGAGAGAGAUGGGUAUUUUGGAGACGAGUUCAGUUUGUGUCUUGACGGAGUCUGGCUCGCAGCUUCUCGCGGCUCAAAGCAUCGAUUUCGAGCAGUCAUAUCUUAUUCAGCUGGAUACCCAGGACUGGCAGGACCAGCUGAAUUCGCUCUGCGAUCAGCACGACUCGCUCGAACUGCGUAAUCUGAAGAGUGCGUUGAUUGCUUUCUCUGCUUGCGUUGUCGAAGACUCACCUGAUGAGACUGUCGGCAGCACUGCUGAGUUUGGCGAUGCUGUGCGCAGCAUUUACAAGCUAGUGACGCAAAGAGCAGGCGAGCCAGGAACACGCAGUGCCAAAGGUGCAGGUGAUCGAGUUUCCAUUCUAUGCCGUGGGCUUCUCAAGUUGAUUCAGGGAACCCAGGACGAAUCUCCCAAGACUGGACAGAUUUUGCUGGAACAUAUCCAAGAAGAAUACGGACACUUGCUCGAGGAGGACUAG